AUGUAUAACAGAUCAUUCUUUUUCAUUUUUCAACACCCUCUAUGCUCCUCGGGAUAUAAUGCUCGUCUUUCCAACGAAAAGUCUAUUACUUUUGUUACUUUAGCUGUUCGGGCUUUUCAAAUCAGUGAGAUUUUAUUCUUUGACUCAUUUUUAUAUUUUAAAAUCUUUCUCCUUAUUUAUCUAUUGUUUUUCAAAAAUAUUUCUCUUCGUUUCAUUUCAUUUCUUUCUUUCCUUCUUUUUCUUCAAUUCUGUAUUUGUUUAUUCCUACCCAUUUCACUUUCUUCUCUUUCUACCAUCUCCACCGCCAUAUUUAAUUUCCUUCUUCUCCUUUUCUUUUCUAUUUUCCUUUUAUUUCUUCUCUCUUUUUUCUCCAUUUUAUCUUCUUUUUUUUUUUGCCUUUUUUCUCAUUUUUAUCUUCUUUCUUCUUUUAUUUCAUUUUCAUUUUCUUUCCUUUUUAACCUUUUCAUCUUGUUUUGUCCUUUAUCUUUUUGUUUUUAUUCCUUUCUUUUUUUUCUUUUUCUUGCCCAUUUAUUUCCUCCCCUUUUCACUAUCACACUUUCACUUUCUCCAACUCCCCACCUAGUUUAUCUAUAUUACUUAGGAGUCUGCUACUUUCAUCAGUGGGAGUCUGCUGCUUUCAUCAGUAGGAGUCUGCUGCUUUCAUCAAUGGGAGUCUGCUACUUUCAUCAGUGGGAGUCUGCUGCUUUCAUCAGUAGGAGUCUGCUGCUUUCAUCAAUGGGAGUCUGCUACUUUCAUCAUGGGAGUCUGCUGCUUUCAUCAGUAGGAGUCUGCUACUUUCAUCAAUGGGAGUCUGCUGCUUUCAUCAGUAGGAGUCUGCUGCUUUCAUCAGUAGGAGUCUGCUACUUUCAUCAUGGGAGUCUGCUGCUUUCAUCGGUAGGAGUCUGCUACUUUCAUCAAUGGGAGUCUGCUGCUUUCAUCAGUAGGAGUCUGCUGCUUUCAUCAGUAGGAGUCUGCUACUUUCAUCAAUGGGAGUCUGCUACUUUCAUCAGAAGGAGUCUGCUACUUUCAUCAGUAGGAGUCUGCUACUUUCAUCAGUGGGAGUCUGCUGCUUUCAUCGGUAGGAGUCUGCUAUUUUCAUCGUUUCGACAUCUAUCACCUUCUUUCACUUAUUUCUUUUUUUCUGUUCCACCUCCUAAGUUUUCUUAUUCUUCCUUAUUUCAUAAUUUUUCCUUUAAAUCUUUCAUUCUUUCUUUCUGUCUUCUUUUCCUCUUGCCGCACUCGCUUUACCACCUGCUUUUUUCUUUUAACUCUCGUUCUUUUUUUCUUUUAUGUUCUUUUCCUUUUUUCUUAUUCUCUUUCUUUUUCGUUAUUUUCUCUCAUAUGUUUUCUCUUAAUUUUGUUCUUUUGGUAUCAUUUCUUUUUACACACAUAGCACUGUACAAUAUUCAUCCUUUUUUUUCUUUUAUGAUCUUUUCAUUUCUCUCUCUCUCUAUCUCUCUCUCUCUCUCUCUCUCAAUGUUGUUUUUUUUCUUCCUUUUUACCACGGACAUUGAAUGA